AUGGCUUCUCCGUUUACCAUCACCGAUAUCGAGUCCGAACUCUCUUGCCCGGGAGCUUCUUCUUUUGUGGAAAUACAGCUCAAUGAUCUCUCAGAUUUUCCACUGGCCAAUACGUAUCCUGACAGAAGACCACCUCCAGCAAUCGUUCCAUCGAAAUAUCGCAACUACGCUGAGCAGCUUCGUGAUUUUGUGGUUUAUGAAGACGAUGUUUGGAUCAUUACUUUUCCGAAAUGCGGAACGACCUGGACACAGGAGAUGGUUUGGCUGAUUGAUCACGAUCUGGACUAUCAAACGGCACGGGAAGUGAACCUCAACACUCGAUCCGUUUUCCUAGAGAUCGGUGCCAUCGCUGACCAGCUAAACGUCAACACUAUCACGGCAGCAAGCAACAUGGAUCGGCCACGGCACAUAAAGUCUCACCUUCCAAUGGCGCUGCUGCCUCGUCAACUAUGGACGGUGAAACCUAGAAUUGUUUACGUAUCCCGAAAUCCAAAGGAUGUAGCAGUGUCCUAUCUUCACCACUACCAAAUGAUCAUGGGCUAUCGUGGCUCGAAGGAAUCUUUUCUUGAGGGGUUUUUACAGGAUCGGGUUAUGUUUUGUCCUCAGGUGCAACAUGCACUCGAUUUCUGGGCUUUGAAAGAUGAACCCAACGUCCUAUUUCUUACAUAUGAAGCCAUGAAACGGGACCUACGAAACGUUUUAACAAAAGUAUGCCAGUUUUUCCAAAAAUCUUAUUCCGAUACUCAGCUCGAUGCGCUGGCUCUACAUUUAUCAUUCGAUCAAAUGAAGAAAAAUCCAUCAACUAACAACGACCAGAUGGUGCGCGGCGCGAUGAAAAUGAAUGGUCGAGAAGGGGAAAAAUUUGAAUUUAUGAGGAAAGGAAUAGUCGGAGACUACAAAAAUGAGUUAUCAGAGGAGUACAUUUCAAAAUUAAAUCAAUUCAUAGAGCAACAACUUGCAGGAAGCGAUUUCAAAUAUGACAUGUAA